AUUUUAAAAUACUAGCCACUUCCAUAAAGAUGUGGCUCUUCAAAAAAAAACAAACCAUGACAUUAAGGCAUGCAAAUUAUAUGAUGAAGAUACUUCCCUGUUCUCAUGCGUAUAUGAAGGUUAUAAAGAGAUGACAGUAUUAUUGGGGAAAACUUUAUAAUGAAUAAACUCUUAUAAAAUACAACUUAAUAUGCAACACAAUAAAUGUGAUAAUUUAUUGGGUUUAUUACCCAAAGAUCUGGAUUUAUGGGGUUACGAGGCAGCAUGGAAUAGGUGCAUAGAGCAUGAGAUGCCCCAGGAUGCUGGGACGGAAGCCGCCUCCUGCCCCUGGCUUCCCCACUGACAGGUGUGCACUCACAUACAGUCAGCCCUCUGUGUCCAAGGGGUCUGCAUCCGGAUUCAACCAGCCACAGAUUGAAAAGAUUUGAAAAGAAAUGAAUAACAAUAUAUCAAUAAAAAAUAAUACAAAUUUUAAAACCAACACAAUGUAACAUAACAUUUACGUUGUAUCAGGUAUUAAAAGUAAUCCAGAGAUGACUUAAAGUAUAUGAGAGAUGUGUGCAGGUUAUAUGCAAAUACUGCACCAUUUUAUAUUGGGGACUUGAGCAUCCAUGGAUUUGGGUAUCUGAGGUGCGAGACCUAGAACGGAUUCCAAGGGCCAACUGUAGUGGCCUUGUCUUUCUACAACUGUGGCCACUUAUUAUCAGACAUGAUAUUGAGUGAGAAAGGAAAUAACUCCACCUGUGACUCUUACUACAGUUCAUUUUCUAAGAGGGGAAGAGCGCUUCUCUAGUCCUGGUGGAUUGGAAAUGUGUCUCACAACCUGAAGAAUACCUCUCCCUCUUUAAAACGAUUCAUCUUGAGAGUUUUGUUUUCUUGCCAUCACCUCCUUCAAAGUUUUACUCAAAUCUCACCUUUUCAAUGAGGACCACCCUGACUCCUAUAAUGCUACAACAUGGCCACCCUACAACCUUCAAACCCUCAACCCUUCUUUUAUCUUGUUCGACUUUUUUCUUUUGUCCGUUGCACUUAUCACCUUCUGAUAUACCAUGCAAUUGUACUUAUUGUCAAAUAAUGUAAGCUCCAUGAGGGCUGGAUCUCACCUGUUUUUGUCCAAUGAUUUAUCCCACCUGAAUGAAAGAAUGGCACUUAUUCGUAGUAUAGGUGCUCAAUAUUUAUCUUUUAAUGAAUGAGUCUAUGUUGAGAUGUCAUUUUUGAGUACAUGAAAACCUACAUGCUGUGGAGGAUUGAGCAUAGUGAGUGCUUGUUUCCUUGAAAGAACAGUUUCUGUUUUCAACUGGAAGUAUGUAUGGUGACACUUAACCUGAAACACUUGUGGAUUAUGAGUAGGAGUGUUUCUGCCCAGAACUCUCCCUGUCUCUGAUGCAGAGAGCAGAGCGAGAUUACUCUUGCAGAUAAAUUUGUUUUCCAAAGGGGAAUUUUGCCCACCAAUUUAAGGCAGUUCUAGAAUCUGACGUACAGUCUCAGUUGUUUCUCAUUUGCCAUCUGGCAAUUUAAUUGCUUUAAAGUUAUGCAUAGGAUGAAAGAAGACAAAUUGGAAAUCUGUGAUAAUAUGCAUGGUAAUAUGGUAAUAUUUCUAUUUUCUUUAUUUUUUGGUGUGCUUUUGUUGUUUUCAAAAAAUAAGAUUAAGGGGAUAAAAAGAUUUGAGAAGGAAUCAUGCCAAAAGCUUUCCCUAGAGAGAGCCCCUUAUAUAAACUUUAUUCUUUGACUAAGAGCCUUUGUUACAAACUAAAUGUUUUGAAUUAGUGGAUUAUUACAUUUUUCCAUUCAGUUGUAAGUCUGGCCCAAAGCUAUGAAAUAAGAGGUUGUCUAAAUCGUUUCAAAACUGUCUGGCCAUGAAGUAGAACUGGGGUGAGAUGUGAGAAGCAUUUUUUCCUUUGUCCUUCUUCAUAGUAUUUCCUGAUCUGUGUUCUUCUUUUUGUUCCUGUCCCUUUGCUACUGGAGUAUGUCUCUAAUGCCUAUUUAUUACCCCAUUUCUGAUUUCUCUAUUUGUGUUUUCCCAGUACUCUGUGGUUAACUGCAAAUGGGCAAAGGUACUAGAACUUCACACAGUAUAUUCAAGUUAAAGAGUAACUCAAGUAGUGUGUGUCUGAGACUACUAUGAGGAGAGGACGAUUGUGGAAUUCUAAAAACUGGGAGCUAUGGUGAGAAUUACAUUUAAAAUAUUAAAAUAAUUAGGAUACUUUAUCUAAUUUCUCAUUUGGAAGCGGGAAUUAUAUUUUAGGGCUUUUUUUUUUGAGAGUUGUGGCAGCUAAAUGUAAAUAUGCACACACUUUGGAACAUACAAUGAUGAUUCUCAAUCAUGGGCAGUGAAGAGUGGGAAGGCAGGACAUCCUAAUUUGCACAAAAAUGCACCCAAGUCAUAAUUUGCAGCUCCUGGGAGAUUCUAUUCUGAAGUUUUACUGCUUGUACACGUUCCCUUGGUAUGGGAGGCAGAGCCUAGGGGCGUGGUUGGGAAACAAUAGUUUUGCUUUUUUCCCCCCUCCUAAAUCAGUUCAAAUCCCAUGCACCCUGAAUUAACUGGAAUUGCUCUCAGGCUUGUCGGCUCCUAUAAAAAGAUCUGGAAGUUCAUAGUGGCCUAGUGAAAUAGGGAACACGUUUGUUUCAUCUUGACUUCUGUGGAGGAAAAUCUGCACUAUUUUUGUAGACUCCAGAGAGGAGAAACUUGUGAUCUGUUGGAGAGAAACCGAAUGAAUGGGCACCAAGGCACAAAGCCUGAUGUGGCUGUCAUGCAAAUAAGAACCGUGAUUGGCUUUCCCUUUCUUUCUGUGGCACGAUGUCACUGGCUGCUCUCAGCCUUAAAGAUUAGGUUUCAGUGGGAGUUUUUCAGGUUCAAGGACUGUUAAUGGUUUGUAACUGCCUGACAAUAAGCUCAACCUCAAAGUUACAUCAGCUUGGGCAGAUGUCUGAGGAUAUGAGACCCGGGGAAGAAAAGUUACAAUCUGGAGCAGAAGGACGCAGCUUGCCACCUGCCUGCUGGACUGAGCUUUUAAUGUGAUUUAAAUUUCUAAGCCCUAUUUAGGCGUCCUGGAAAUGGUGGUCUUCAUCAACACAAAGAUUAAGUCUUUCAUUAAACUUUUUAAGAAGAAAACGGUUUCCAACCUAGAUGAGGAGAGCCGUUGGACAGUCCACUACACUGCUCCAUGGCACCAGCAGGAGAAUGUGUUCCUUCCCACCACAAGACCCCCCUGCGUUGAGGACCUGCACCGCCAAGCCAAGCUCAACCUCAAAUCAGUAUUGAGGGAAUGUGACAAGUUGCGGCGGGAUGGCUACCGAAGUUCUCAGUACUAUUCUCAGGGACCCACCUUUGCAGCCAACUCCAGCCCACUCUGCGAUGAUUAUCAAGAUGAGGAUGAAGAAACAGAUCAAAAAUGUUCUAUCUCCUCAUCAGAAGAAGAAAGAUUUAUUUCCAUCAGGAGACCUAAAACACCAACCUCAAGUGACUUCUCUGACCUUAAUACUCAGACGAACUGGACCAAGUCACUUCCACUGCCAACACCAGAAGAGAAGAUGCGACAGCAGGCCCAGACAGUCCAGGCUGAUGUGGUGCCUAUUAACAUAACUGGGGAGAAUUUCGAUCGCCAGGCCAGCCUUCGGCGGUCUGUAAUUUACACAGACACUCUGGUAAGACGACCGAAGAAAGUCAAAAGGAGAAAGACUAUUACAGGAGUCCCUGACAACAUACAGAAGGAGCUAGCGUCUGGCACUGGUCAGGACGAUGGUGGUGGUCAUUCCGUGUUCGCCCCAGACCACUACUCCACACUAGGAAGGCUCAAUAGCUGUCGGUCUGCUGGGCAGCGCUCAGACACCAGGGACUCCAGCUGUCAGACUGAGGACGUGAAAAUCGUGCCACCAUCAAUGAGAAGAAUCAGGGCACAGAAGGGGCAAGGCAUUGCUGCCCAAAUGAGCCACUUCUCGGGCUCCUCGGGCAACAUGUCCGUGCUGAGCGAUUCUGCGGGUAUCGUGUUCCCUUCUCGCCUCAACAGCGAUGCUGGUUUCCAUAGUCUGCCGCGUUCUGGAGCAAGGGCGAACGUUCAGUCCCUUGAGCCGAGGCCGGGUGCCCUGGGCCCUGCAGGAGACAUGGAUGGCAGCUUCCCCUACCAAGGGAGUAACCCACAAGUGGAUGAACACUUAGGACAUUUAGGAGGUGCCUCAAGGACUGGAACACUUUUGAGGCCCAAAUCCCAGGAGCUGAGGCACUUUGAGAGUGAAAAUGUAACAAGCCCAGCAUGCGUGGUUUCUCCUCAUGCGACAUAUUCCACCAGCAUCAUCCCAAAUGCUACGCUGUCUUCCUCCUCGGAGGUCAUCGUUAUUCACCCGGUUCAGAAUUCAGGGCUGUUGGACAGUAAAAUUACCAGCUCAUCAUAUGCAAAGAUAAAAUCCAGAGACCACCUCAUCUCUAGGCACGCUGUGAGAGAUGACCACCAGCCUGCCCGCUGUUACUGGAAUGAGGGUCACCCCGCCAUUCUUUCUCAAGCCUUAGACACCCAUUCGCCGGGGGCAGCCACACUGCUGUCCCUCUGUGAUUCCUCGGUCUGUCUAAAUGCCCCGGCAAAUAGGGAGAAUGGGUCCCAAGCCGUGCCAUAUCACUGUAGAAGCAGCCUGCGCUUCCCAGCCCACCCACAGGACGUGGAUGGCAAGAGCGAGUCCAGUUACUCGGGGGGCGGAGGGCAGGGCAGCUCUGAGCCCUGGGAAAACCAAGCCCCCGGUAAUGGGCGGGCAUCCCCACUGAAGCCACAUGUGGCAACUCCUGGGUACUCCACUCCGGCAAGUAACAUGAGCAGCUGCAGUUUGGACCAGACGUCCAACAAAGAGGAUGCGGGGUCGCUGUAUUCUGAGGACCACGAUGGCUACUGCACGUCCAUGCACACCGACUCUGGACGGGGGUCUGGGAAUCUGUGCAGUGGCAGCGAUGGCUUUGGGAACCCCAGGCACAGCGUGGUCAAUGUGUUUGAUGGAAGGGCUCAGAAAAACCAAGGGGACCGGUCAAAUUGCCAUGAUAAAUCCCUUUCGAGAAACAUCUCUCUGAAGAAAGCAAAGAAGCCUCCGCUGCCACCCUCCAGGACAGACUCGCUCCGCAGGCUUCCCAAGAAGAAUGGCCAGUCUAACGGGCAGGUGCUCAACGAGAGCCUGAUUGCCUCGCUCCAGCACUCGCUGCAGCUGAGCCUCCCCGGCAAGGGCGGCAGCUCGCCCUCCCAGAGCCCCUGCAGUGACCUGGAGGAGCCCUGGCUGCCGCGGUCGCGGAGCCAGAGCACGGUCAGCGCCGGCAGCAGCAUGACCUCCGCCACCGCCCCCAACGUCUACUCGCUGUGCGGGGUAACACCCUCGCAGAGUGACACCAGCAGCGUCAAGUCGGAGUACACAGACCCGUGGGGCUACUACAUCGACUUCACGGGCCUGCAGGAAGAGCCGGGCACCCCAGGAGCGGCCUGCACGGCCAGCUGCGGGGAGCCCGCUGGGAACGGGCCAGUCCGCCACAGCCAGGAAGGGCCCAGGGCCGCUUUGUCCCAAGUGCCCGGCGGCUCCGUCAAACCAAAGAUCACAUCGCCGGAGAAGUCACACAGAGUCACUUCUCCAUCCAGUGGGUAUUCCAGCCAGUCGAAUACACCCACAGCACUCACCCCCGUGCCUGUGUUUUUAAAAUCAAUGUCACCAGCAAAUGGGAAGGGGAAGCCCAAGCCCAAGGUACCAGAAAGGAAGUCCUCUCUGGUAUCCUCAGUGUCCAUUUCCUCAUCGUCCACUUCUUUGUCCUCUAACACUUCGACGGAAGGAAGCGGCACUAUGAAGAAGCUGGAUGCAGCCUCAGCAGGGCCCCUGGGGGACCCCCCUCCUCCGCCAGCUCCCUUCUUCCCGCCUCCCCCGCCCUUGGCUGACUGUCCCGAGGGCCCUGCGCUGCCUCCCUCUCCCGUGUUCCCCCCUCCGCCACCAGAAGCUCUCACUCCCUUCUGCUCCCCCCUUGACGGAUGCCUUCCUCCUGCCCCCACUUUACUGAGCCCCCUCCUUCCAGAUUCUUCUGCGCCCUUGCCAUCACCUCCGCCUCUCCCACCCUCCUCGGAGCCCCCUCCUGCCCCACCUCUCGACCCCAAAUUCAUGAGAGACCCCAGGCCGCCUUUCCCCAACUCCAGCCAGCCUGAGUCCUCCCGGGAGGCCUUCAGGCCUCCUUCUGCCAAGGAGGAGAGCAGCAGACCCCCCAUGCCCCUCAUAACCACCGAGGCGCUACAGAUGGUGCAGCUGCGGCCGGUGAGGAAGAACUCGGGCGCCGGGGCGGCACUGCCGUCUGAUCCAACAGCUCAGGAAAAACGAACUCCAGUUGCUCCACAGUACCACUUAAAGCCAUCUGCCUUCCUGAAAUCCCGAAAUAGCACACAUGAAAUGGAGAGUGAAAGCCAGCCUGUCUCCGUGACAAGCUCGCUCCUGACGCCUGCCAAGAGCUCGAGUCAGGGUGACCAUGGCAGUGCAGCCGAGCACGGCGGCCCGCCGAGCGCCGGGGAGGCAGAGGCUGGGCCUGGCCCCAGGACCAGCGUGCUCCCCGACUCUUCACCCAGCAGGAAGCCACCACCCCCCAUUUCCAAGAAGCCCAAACUGUUCCUGGUGGUGCCACCUCCGCAGAGAGAUUUUGCAGCGGAGCCUGCAGAGACUGUGAGCGAAGCCCUCCGAGCCUUGCCCAGCCCGACGAGGGGAGAGGAGGGCUCUGCACACAGCAAAGACACGAGAGAGAGUCCUGCAGCUCGAGCUGGCUCUCAUGCGACGCACCCCAGCAGCUCGGUUCUUGAGGGAGGAGCUGCAGGAUCCGUGUCCCCCGGCAGAGUGGAAGCCAAUGUGCCCAUGGUACAGCCUGAUACCUCGCUUGCCCCCCAGCAGGAAGAGCCAGCCGAGAACAGCGCGGAUGGUGGUGGCUACGUGGAGAGCUGCCUGUCCCGACAGGACGGAGGGGCCCGGGAGCCGCAGACCGACACAGCCGCGUCCUCCUCAGAGGCCUGCGACUUCCCCGGGGAAGACGGGAGUGAUGAGGUGAUGACCCCCAGUAGACCCAGGACCACAGAAGACCUUUUCGCAGCCAUUCACAGAUCCAAAAGGAAAGUCCUUGGCCGUAAAGAUUCAGAUGAUGAUCACUCCCGAAACCAUUCUCCCUCCCCGCCAGUGACACCCACCGGCGCUGCCCCGAGCCUGGCCUCUCCGAAGCAAGUGGGAUCGAUCCAGAGAAGCGUCCGAAAGAGCAGCACCAGCAGUGACAACUUCAAAGCCCUGCUGCUCAAAAAGGGGAGUCGUUCAGACACCAGCGCCCGCAUGUCGGCGGCGGAGAUGCUCAAGAACACAGACCCUCGAUUCCAGAGAUCAAGGUCGGAGCCUUCGCCAGACACGCCCGAGAGCCCGUCCAGCUGCUCCCCAAGCAAGAACAGAAGGGCCCAGGAAGAGUGGGCCAAGAACGAAGGGCUGAUGCCCCGGAGUCUGUCCUUCUCCGGCCCCAGGUACGGCCGCAGCCGGACGCCGCCGUCCGCGGCCAGCAGCAGGUACAGCGUGCGGAACCGCAUCCAGAGCAGCCCCAUGACGGUCAUCUCGGAGGGCGAGGGGGAAGCCCCGGAGCCGGCGGACAGCAGGGCGCGCGCGGCGCUGGGCGCGGCCGAGCGCUGUUCGCUGGACGGACUGGCCGGGGACGAGAUGGACGAGGGCGGCCCGCUCUGCGCCCAGGAGCCUGCCGCCUCCCUGCGGCCACGGGCCCCUGGCCCCGCAGAUGGGGCAGCCAGUGCGGAGGGCAGGGGGCCGGCAGAGCCGCGCGGAGGUUCUCCGAGGGAGGAGAGUUAGGGACGGGAACGUGCCUCUCCCCCGGUCAUGGGGGACAGACAGCAAUGCAUCGCUCUAGGAAGCCCGCCGGGCGCCUUCGCCUGGCUUGCCUAGGGUGCCACCCACUGUGUGUGCUGUGGCCGCAGCGUCGCCAGCCCUGCAGUGUGAGCGGAGGGUUAUUUAGGACUCAACUUGGCACUUGCCCUGUGGCUUAAAAGCAAGUAGAAGCUUAAACUUCUGAAAGUGCUUCCUGGGGAAGAUUUUUUUUUUUUUCCUAAAUACUGGGGGAGUGUGGGGGUGUGUGUGCAUUUUGAACACUUUUUAUUUUUUUAAAAAAAUACACACACACCAACAGCAUGUACAGAAAUAGGAGAAAGCAAGCCAGAGUUAGGCUCGGUAGAGUAAGCUGGGAGUCUUCUGGACUAGGUGGUAACCGCUUUCAAAGCAUUCUGUUUCUGGAAACUCGAGAGUUCCAUGAGAGGGGAGGAGACGUUGCUUCUACGAAAGAGGCGGUAGAUUUGCUGGUUCUUAAUGCACAGAGCGCGGGGAUGUAUGCACAUGUGUGCCGCGCGGGAGGCGUGUCCCGAUGAGCGCAGAGAAGCUGGGGAAGGGCUGAGUGACGAACUGGUUCAGGUACUUUUUUUCUGGGGGGGGGUGGGAAUAGGCUUUGUUUCUUUUUUUUUGUAAACAUGACAAACGUGAAAGUGGCAACGCUGUAAUUUGGUGCCUGCUGCUGUGCAGCCGCAUACACACAACUUUUAGCCUGGAUUUUUUAGAAGCGUGGGGGAUUUUUUAAUGCAUUUCCUUCUUGAGUAGCGGCUGGGGCCUUUGAGAACUGAAGUGACCUGCGGACAUAUAGACAGGGAGACAGAGGAGAGGAGGGGAGGGGUAGGUGAUACACUGCUGGAAUUGGUUUCCUGCCUAAUAAAUGAAAUUAUUUUGCAGAUUUAAAUUUGAGAACUUGCACUACCGAACUGUGGGUGGAGCUUUUCCUUUGACAACAGUUUUUUUUUUUUUUUUAAAUCAGAGUUUAAACUUCCAUUUGGCAAUUUCCUAUCACUUGAAAUGUCAGCAUUUGCUAACUUUUUGGAUAUCCUUUUGGUUACACCAAAGAAAAAGUUACGGCUAUUUUUCUUUCCUUGAACUGCCUGCAGUAUCAUGUCCUAAUUUAGAAAGGUUUAUCAAACUCUAUUAUAUAUAUUAUCUUACUUUGAAGAAAAUGCUGAAUAGCUCUUGUUAGUCAAAUAAACUGAUAAAAAUUGGUAGGGCUUGGCUAUUAUUUAGCCCUGGGAAAUGAGUUUUUAGAUUAAAAAGGGUGGGUUUUUUUGCAUCAUUUGUUUUGUGCAUUUUAAAAUUUGUUUUUAAAUAAUUGAGUUGCUAAUUACCUUCUAAUCUUCUCCAAGCAGAAUUUCAAUACUUUCAUAGGUGGGAGAAAAUUAUGUAAAGUCUUUAUUUUAAUGUACUAUUCUUGUGACCCAUAUCCUCCUUUCCUCCCUCCCUCGCUUCCUCCCAACUUCUGUGUACUUUGGCCCCCUUAUUUGUUAGUUAAAUAAGCCAGAUUCUUGUCUUCUUCAUUGGAAGGACCUAGGAUGACAAUGCUGAGAUUCUUGGUUUAAAUCCAGUGUAGUUACCAAAUGGCCAUUUUUUUCUGGUAUGAAAAUAUCAUCUAACAGUUGGACUGCACAGGUCAAGUCAUCACAAGGCGUAUAAAAGAAAACUUUAGGUACCUAUUUUAGACAUGUCUUUGAGGCAAAAACAAACCUAAAGAAUUAAGGCUCUUUCCCUUCUCUGAAGAAAACAAAACACUUCUUUUCACACAACCGGAAAUGAAGACCUGACAUUUGGAGCGAUUGUCUACUACAUUGACAUAAGGAUCGUUUCUUCUAAAUUUUAGGAAAGUGGUGUUGGCUUUUGAUUAUGAAAUGUCGUAGCUACCUAAAAAAGUUUAGAAUGAACAUGGCUAUCAGAAAUCUUUAACUUAAUAUAAAAAUCUUUUAUUUCAAGGUAAGAUAAGCAACAUCAAAACUAAUUAUAAAACUAUUUAAAAA